AUGUGCGCAUUCACAGAACCUAGCAAGAACGGACAAUCGACAUCACCCAUCGAGAGCCAUCUCACGCGCAUCGCGUCGCAUCGAUCCACCACUACCCCGGACGCUGAACGAAGACCUCAAUCGAAUCGCGAGUCGUCGACAUCUCACAUUCCUCGCAUAUCAGCCUUGAAAGACUUUCUACCCUUGUCAGCGGAAGACGCAUCCCUAACGUCUCCACGCGGGAGUCACUUGCCGAGCAUCUUACAGACGAGAUCCAAUAGCAACCUUGUGAACCGGGCACAAUGGCAUCGGAGAUCGAACAGUAUUACAGUGGCGGAAAUGCCAGCCUUGGGACAGCGGACCAACAGCCAGAACUCAGAUGAAUUCAAUUUGGGGCACAAGUCACAGUUGAGUGACCCAGCAGGUGGUGUAGCAGCAUGGGGUGGAGGGGACGAUCACAGUCGACGACUGAGCUAUCAGGCCAGUCUGCUCAACACACCGCAAAUGCGCAGUCAACGACUGAUCGGCUUCACGAAUCCUCGAUACCAGUGGGAGCAGUACUGGAAGACGGACGAAGAGUUGAACAAGAUCAAGAGCAAGAGCGUGAGGAAGUACUAUGAGCGGAUCAACUACCUCAUACAACAUUAUCUGUACAUCGAUCGAUUGCUGGACAGCAGUCUGCCACACGAUUUGAUCCAGGACUACCACCAUACGCAACCAUCGCCUCAAAUCAAGCCAAUGGCACCCGCUCCAUCAGCAGUUCGCGGAUCAUGGCAAGACGACCUACCCGAGACGAUUGAUGAAGAGGAUGGAGCCGAGCCACCACGGAUCUACCACGAAAGAGCUGGGUCCGCGGAUAGCAUAUUUGCAGAUGGCGCUUUCUAUGCAAAUGGAUCACCAGACCCGCCACCACAGAAAGUUAAACGAACGCCGAAGGAUCUGUACAUGAUCAAGAAGCCCGAGAAGCAAGCAAAUGGAGAUCAUGCGAACGAUGAACAGGCGCCGCUUCUCAGUACCUCCACUUCCAGCGAAGAUCUCGAGUCCGGGCCAACAGUACCCGAUCUUGAGUACGAAGAGGAAACAUCGUCGCAAUCGCCCGUCGUUACUGUCGCCAUCUGGAUCAACGUUGUGGCGAACACGCUCCUUCUGAUACUGAAGAUCAUCGUUGUGGUCUUGAGUAGCUCUGUAUCAGUCCUGGCAUCGCUGGUUGAUGCCGCACUAGACUUCCUCAGUACUGUGAUCGUCGGCAUCACUACAAGGCUAAUCGCGCGAACGGAUCAAUAUGCAUAUCCCAUCGGUCGACGACGAUUAGAGCCCGUCGGUGUCCUAGUCUUUUCCGUCAUCAUGAUAACAGCCUUCAUCCAAGUCCUCUGGGAAGCCACCAGCGCCCUAACCAACGGCAAAAAAGAAAUCGUCGAACUCGGCAUCCCCGCCAUCGCCAUAAUGGCCAGCACCGUCCUGAUCAAAGGCGGCUGCUGGUUCUGGUGCCGCCUCGUCAAAAACUCGUCCGUCCAAGCCCUCGCCCAAGACGCCCAAACCGACGUCGUCUUCAACGUCUUCUCCAUCGUCUUCCCCUUGAUCGGCUUCUACGCGCGAAUCUGGUGGCUAGACCCCGUCGGCGGAAUUUGUCUAUCCCUAUACGUCAUCAUCAACUGGUCGAGCACUGCGAACGAGCAUAUCAGGAAUUUAACGGGCGCGAGCUCGAGUGCGGAUGAGAGGAAUAUUUUGCUGUAUUUGACGAUGCGGUUUGCGAAGACGAUUAAGAAGAUUCAAGGGCUGCAGGCGUAUCAUAGCGGUGACAAGCUGAAUGUCGAAGUCGACAUCGUGCUAGACGAGCAUACAAGCUUGAGGGACUCGCAUGAUCUGGGGGAGAGCUUGCAGUAUGUUUUGGAAAGCGUACCGAGUGUGGAUAGGGCGUUUGUGCAUAUGGAUUAUGCGGAUUACAAUAUUCCGACGCAUUUGAUGCAGGAGAAUUGA